AUGACGACUUUGAGAUCCGUUGUUACUACUGCUAAUAUAACUGAUAAACUUCGCACAACUGAUCCAAUGUAUGAUUAUCAAGCACAGACCAGUCUCCCGCCUAUUCGUGCUCGACAACAACGUCAAAAUGGUGUUCAAGUGCAACAGCUAUACGAAAGCAGUCCAGUUAUUGCUGCUCUUUCGCAUCACCCUUCGCAACAGUAUACUUCGCAUAAACUACCGUACAGUGAUCCAUCUGCGCUCGCCAAUGGAAAUUCGACGACAGUGACUUCGAAUGGGACAAAUGGAUAUCAUAAUCAUUCACAUCAUCAUCACAAUGGGAUAACUCAAGCGUCGACACAGCCGCAGAUUUCUGAUCAACCAAUACGUCGAAGUCCGAGUGUUGACAGUGUUCUGAGCAUUCACUCAUCAUCCCAACAACGUCGUUUGAAUAAUUCACUUGAUCCGGACACAGCGAUGAAAACUUACAUGUCGAAAUUGACUGCUUUCGAACGACAUGAAAUCUUUUCCUAUCCGCAAAUCUAUUUCGUUGGACAAAAUGCGCGCAAACGCCAAGGAGUCGGUGGCGGCCCAAACAAUGGAAACUACGAUGAUGAAAACGCGUCAUAUAUUGCUGUUCAACACGAUCACAUAGCCUACCGUUUCGAAGUUUUGAAAAUACUUGGUAAAGGUUCGUUUGGUCUUGUUGUUAAGUGUUACGAUCACAAGACCGGCCAACAAGUGGCAUUGAAAAUUGUUCGUAAUGAAAAACGCUUUCAUCGUCAAGCUCAAGAAGAAAUCCGAAUACUUGAACAUUUACGUAAGCAAGAUCGUGAUAAUACAUUUAAUGUUAUUCAUCUAAUCGAGUCGUUUCAAUUUCGUAAUCAUAUUUGCAUUACAUUUGAAUUGCUUUCGAUGAAUCUAUACGAAUUAAUUAAAAAGAAUCGAUUUCAAGGCUUCAGUUUACAACUCGUGAGAAAAUUUGCGCAUAGUAUAUUACAAUGUCUCGAUGCAUUAUAUCGAAAUAAGAUUAUACAUUGCGAUCUCAAGCCAGAAAACAUUCUUUUGAAACAACAAGGAAGAAGCGGUAUUAAAGUGAUCGAUUUUGGCUCUAGUUGUUUUGAGCAUCAAAGAGUUUAUACUUAUAUCCAAUCGAGAUUUUAUCGAGCGCCAGAAAUCAUUCUCGGUGCAAAAUAUGGUUUAGCAAUUGAUAUGUGGAGUUUAGGAUGCAUAUUGAGUGAACUGUUUACUGGAAUGCCUCUAUUUCCAGGCGAAGACGAAGCUGAUCAGCUAAGUUGUAUCAUUGAAGUGAUUGGAAUGCCUAGUCAGAAAGUACUGGACGCGUCAAAACGAGCAAGAAAUUUUAUUAGCUCAAAAGGACAUCCACGUUAUUGUGCAUUGACAACAUUACCAGAUGGAACGACUGUCCUUCAAGGCGGUCGUUCGAAACGAGGCAAACAUCGUGGACCACCGGGUAGCAAAGAUCUGACUCAAGCAUUGAAAAAUUGUGAUGAUCCGUUAUUCAUUGAUUUUCUGAAACAUUGUUUUGAAUGGGAUCCACAAGCAAGAAUAACACCUGCGCAAGCUUUAAGGCAUUCUUGGCUUCGUCGUCGCUUACCCAAACCUCCAUCGGAAGCGCCACCACCCAAUCGUCCGUCAGCAGUCCUUCGUCAUCAUCAUCUACAUCCUGUUCAACAAACGUCCAAUGGUGAUGCGAGUACAGCCGGUGGUCGAACAAUCAGCAGCAUGGGUGGUGCUAAUGCAGUGUACUCUAAUCAUCAUCAUCAACAGCAACAACAAUCACACGGUACGACUACUAAUUUGCCACCGAAAACGUAUGCUUCUACGAAUGAGCUCAAUAAACAUCAAAAACUACCCCAUAUUGUUGGUAUUCAAUUGAAUUCCAUGUUUGAUCAAUGA